AACCGACCCGCGGUCGGCGCCACGACGCGACGAUUGCCAUCCAUUCGCUCGUCCGCCGGCACGCACGCCUGGCGUUCGCCUGCACAACUCACGCCGCCGCGCGUUUGACAUAACUCUACCAUCAAUGGUGCUUGUGAAUAUCGUUACAGAACUUCGACAGUCAAACUCCUGCGCCAGGAAUCACAGCCUUCACCAUGGACAAGGAUCACGCGUUAGAGGAAAUGAUGGGAAAGCUCGGUGACUUCGGGCGGUACCAAUGUUUCCAGUUCAUCCUUCAUAUCCUGGCGGCCAUGACGGCUGGCAUGCAUAUGCUGUCUCUAGUCACAGUCGCUGCGGUACCCGAACACAGAUGUUACCUGCAAGGAAUAGACAGUGCAAACCAUACGGAGCCGUUUAACUCAUCGCUGGUGCAGGCUGCCAUCCCCCUAAACGAGCACGGCAAGCUAGACUCUUGCCGAAUGUAUGGCGAUAACAAAACUAUAGUAGAGUGCCAGUCCUGGGUGUACGAUACCCAAUAUUACACUUCUUCGAGAGGUAUCGAAUGGGAUUUCGUUUGCAGCCGGCGCUGGAUGGGAGCCUCUGCCCAAACCGCAUACAUGUUUGGCGUGGUGGCUGGUUCGCUUAUAUUCGGAAGAAUGUCUGACAAGUUUGGAAGAAAAACUGCCUUCCUCUGGUCUGGAGUCCUACAACUGCUAUUAGGCACAUCAGUGGCAUUUGCUUCAGAUUUCUAUACAUUUGUAGGCCUUCGAUUCCUUUACGGAAUCUUUGGAUCAGGUUCAUAUAUAGCUGGGUUUGUAUUGACCAUGGAAAUAGUCGGCCCCAGCAAGCGUACCAUAUGCGGUGUCACGUUUCAAAUUAUGUUUGCCAUCGGCAUAAUGCUGUUAGCCGCUUGGGGAUACUUGAUAGAUAACAGAUUCUAUUUACAAAUAGUAUAUGCUUUACACGCAGCAAUACUGCUUCCUCAUUGGCUAUUAAUGGACGAAUCCCCGAGGUGGCUCUGGGCUCAAGGUCGGGCUCGAGAAUCUGUCGCUAUCAUAGAGAAGGCUCUGAAGAUUAACGGAGUGACCGACCCAGUAGAUACUCCCGCAUUAGUAUCACACUGCAAAGCUACUUGUGCCAAAUAUACCGACGAACAUUCAGCAGGAACAACGGACUUAUUCAAAACACCGAGGAUGUUGAAGAAGACUUUAAUUAUUUGCGGUUGCUGGUUUGUCAAUUCAGUCGUGUACUACGGUCUGUCGCUCAAUACAGGGAAGCUAAACGGGAAUCCCUAUUUCCUGAUGUUCUUGAUGGGUGUCGUGGAGUUGCCCAGCUAUGUACUUAUUGUAUACUUUUUGGACCGCGUCGGACACAGAGCACUCAUCAGCACAAUGAUGUUGUUAGGAGGAAUAGCUUGUCUAGUCAUUGUAGCUUUACCUCAUGGCUCAACGUCGACCACAGGUAUUGUCAUGGUAGGAAAACUAUUUAUAUCGGGCUCCUAUUCUAUUAUUUACAAGUAUUCGGCUGAACUUUUCCCGACAGUAGUCCGUAGUUCAGGAGUAGGUUUGGGCAGUAUGUGCGCCAGUGUGUCUGGAGCUUUGACGCCUCUUAUCAAUUUGCUGGACACACUGAACCCUAAAAUACCCACAAUUCUUUUUGGAUUUUUGGCACUGCUGUCAGGAUUUUCCACUUACUUCCUACCUGAAACAAUUGGUAGAAACUUACCUCAAUCAUUGGAAGACGGAGAGAAGUUUGGUGUCGGUGACACUUGCUUCACAAACUGCAGUGGUCGACGAAUGAGCACCGACACAGUCGACCUGCCAGAAACCAUGGUACCGUUGGAAGUUAUGGAAAAGAAACCAUAGAGUCGUCAUAAAUCGUGUGGUCAGUAGGUAAAGUUAUGUCUCGAAAAUGAAACUAAGCCGUAGAAUAAGUAAAGUAAGUUAAGCGGCUAUUUUAGUAAUUUCUCACGCUUCUUAAUAGACUUAUACGUAAAGCUUGCAUUUUAUGAACUUUGUUCACUGUUUUCAUACUUUCUCUACAUUACUACACUAAAAGAGCUUCUUUUUACUAUGAAGUUUUCCUCUUUUAAAUAACUGUAACUUUUUUGCAAAGAAUUUAGUUAGUAAGUUUUUAUGUACGUAAAUAGACUAAUGUUAUAUUUAAAUUGUCUAGUCAAGAGUUAAUGACGAGCAAGUUGUGUUCAAUGAGAACAGUUUUGCUUAAGACUGGAUGAUUCUAGUAAUAUGUUAUUUAAAUGCAGAUUUAUCUGACUGGAAAAUGGCAUACUUUAUAUUUUAAAGAUAAAGUACAAUCAAAUGUACACCAGUAGACUGUAAAACAAAGUACAAUACUGUAAGUAAUGUACUGUUGAUAUCUAAGAGUUGUUCAAUCAAGCAAUUGAUUUGUCUCAAAGACAAAAAGUAUUGAUUAAGUGAAAAGCGAGACCAUGGAACCCAUUUCUUAUUAUCACGUUAAAUCAAACUUUGGCUGCAUAUCUACAGGCAUUCUAAUACAACAGGAGUUGUCUGUGCAUUAUAACAUUUUUUUAUAUAUCGAAAUGCCUUUUAAGUUUUACAUUCACUUUAUGGUACUAUAUUAUGCGUUUCUUAUAGCAAUCGUCUUAACGUGAUAACAAGGAUUGUGAAAAUGUUAGCUUAGCUGCUGGUAGCAAAUUAUUAAGCAGGGAGUUAUAGUAUUUUUUAUAUUACAUACUGACACAUAUUAAGAGACUACUUGGACUUCAUUUUUUGGAAACACUACAAUAUUAAGUAAAUAUUAAGAAUGUCCAUGAGGCGAAGGAUAAUAUAAUGAAUUUUGACCUUGUAAAAAAAAUUAUCACAUAAAUGUGGUAGAUUCCGAGUUCCGUGUUUACGUACCUAGUCAUUGUGGCUAAUUCAUAAUUUAUAGCUAGUUUAUGUCAAAGGGUAAUAAUAAAAACUUAAAGACUUUUUUGAUAGCUGUCAUAAUGAUCAGAAAUAAUAUUUGGAAGAGCCAUUCAAAAAUGUAUUUAUUCCUCGAAGAAAAUCCAUCAAUUCUAAAUUUAUAUGGCAAAUACAUAUGUGAUUUAAUUAUGUUUAAGUGUCUGGUGGAAUAUACAUCAAAAUGAAUUUAUUAUUACCCAUCUACAUAAUUACAUGUUCAAUAACGAGACAUAAAUUCUUUAAGCUCGAUACAACACUGCCAGUUGGUGCUCGUAACAUUUUUAUAACUAGUUAAGCUAUAGUCUUCUAGGCAAAUAAAGACGUAAUUAAUUUAUUUUUAGGGAAAUAACUACUUAAGGGUAUUUUAUAGCAUUUAGACAUUAACACGCAUAGUCAAUUUGUAAGGCUAAAUUAACUAAUUAAGCAUUUCACGUAACAAAAAUAUGGGAGGCAUGUCCAAGGUAUGUUAGCAUAGGCUGAUAAAAGAUCAUCAGUAUAAGCUAAUGGGUAGAUUUAAUCUGACCCUUAUAAUGUAUGUAACUAAGCGUUUCAUUUUCAAAUUUUUAGGGAUUUAAGUUGACAGAUCAUUAAAUUUGGGUCAUCUGAUGGAUGAGGGAUCAUUUAAUUGACCUUCUAAUUCUUGCAA